UCCAGAGUACUGAGGACGGAACGAGUGGACUCUCUAGACACCAGAUAGUUGGCCAUGGUAUUGACCAUGGCAUCUGAGGAUUCCCAGAACUUCUUCCAGUCUUUUUCUUCCUGGAUAUCCCGAGUUUAUGAAGCUCUCCAGCAAGCAGGGGAAACUUUAUCAGCUCCUCUGGUGCAUUUAAGCAAACAAGACUCUAAAUUGAGUGACACAUUAGACCAGGACUUAGAUGAUAUUAAGAUUCAGGAGACAUUCUUUGAAGAUGAAGAACAAGACAAUGAUUGGAGCCAAGAAGAUGCAAAUGACUUGUUUAUUGAAGAGGAUCAUUUAUCAUGUUGUAAUACUGAUUUGCAGGACUCUGUCCAAAUUUCCAGCCCCAGACUUAGCCAACAUGCAAAGGACUCAUGUUCUAUAAUAUCUCAAUGGCCCAAUCAGACCCUGAAUGACCCCAAGGCCCCACAUGUGCUUUCUUCUAUUGCUGAGGAAGAGCAUCACCUUGAAAAGCAAAGAUGUGGCCUUCAACACAGCUUUGACAGCCAGCUUCCUGGCACUUUAGAAAAAGUUAAUGGAAAAAAGCAAGUUGACAGUAUUGGGGAUGAUGAAGAGCCAUCCACAUCUUCUGACAGUGAUGAGGACGUGAUCAAACAAUUUGAGAUUUCUGUGUCCCGGUCCCAGAGUUUCCGUUCAAGAGCUUCUGAGAAAGGAGAACCUAAGGAAUUGGAACAGAAACCCAAGUGUGGCCGUUUGCUCCCUACCCAUGAAGAAGAUGGCGCCCGAGUGUCUGCCUGCAAAGAUUUGGAUAGAACCAGCCAACUGAGUUAUUCUGAGAUCCUGUCUUACAAAGAUCAUGCCAUCUCUGUUACCUCACGGUCCCCAAGUGAGCGAGGAGACAACAGACAUCAUGGCACCUCUCACCAAGAGACCAGUGGGGUUCGAAGCCUCAGUCGUCAGUCCACAGAGGGCAGCUUGGAGAUGGAAACAGAUUUUAAUAACCGGGGAUUUGAAGAUUCUUAUGCUACUGACAGCUCCUCAGUAUGGAGUCCAGAGGAACAGGACAGGACCAGCUUGCAGGUGCCAUCUGGGGUCUUGGAUCCCAUCUCCAAGUGUGGUGACUUAGAUGUCAUCUUUGAAUAUCGAGCUGCGACCCAGAAGCUCACAGUGACCAUUGUGAGAGCACAGGGCCUCCCAGAUAAGGACAGAAGUGGCGUCAACUCCUGGCAAGUUCAUGUAGUGCUGCUGCCCAGUAAGAAACAGAGGGGCAGGACGAGCAUACAGAGGGGGCCCCACCCUGUCUUCAAGGAGAAGGUCACCUUUGCCAAGCUAGAGUCCAGAGAUGUGGCUUCCUGUGCUGUCCGCUUCCGACUGUACGCUGCCCGUAAGAUGACCCGAGAGAGAAUGAUGGGGGAGAAGCUCUUCUAUCUUAGCCACCUACAGCCAGAAGGGGAAAUGAAAGUGACUCUGGUUCUGGAGCCAAGAAGCAAUAUAAGUAGUGGAGAGUCGCCGCUCAGCCCAUCUGCAGUUUCUCACAGUGAUAGUGCUUCAUCCACGCAGUCGCUGUCUCAUGGAGGGGCGCCAGAGCUGUUGGUGGGGCUGUCCUACAGUGCCACAACGGGGCGAUUAUCUGUGGAAAUGAUCAAAGGCAGCCAUUUCCGAAACCUCGCUGUUAACCGAGCACCUGAUACAUAUGGAAAACUCUUUCUACUCAAUUCUGUGGGCCAAGAGAUGUCCCGAUGCAAGACAUCCAUUCGCCGUGGUCAGCCCAAUCCUGUUUAUAAGGAGACGUUUGUUUUCCAGGUGGCGCUCUUUCAGCUCUCUGAUGUCACAUUGAUGAUUUCCAUUUAUAACAGGCGUACUAUGAAACGUAAAGAGAUGAUUGGCUGGAUUGCUAUGGGCCAGAACAGCAGUGGAGAGGAGGAGCAAGAUCAUUGGGAGGAAAUGAAGGAUACUAAAGGCCAGCAGAUCUGCAGAUGGCACACUUUGCUGGAAUCCUAGGUGUGCCAGCUGGCAUUUGUGGGCUAUGUCUGCUUUGGUUACCUGCGUGGCUGGCUACUGACACAAAGUCUAGUGUGUCCUGUGUCCUAGCAAGCUUUUCAGG